AUGUCUGGUACUACGAAUUUCAAAAAGGGCUACGAGGGGAAUGGCGAGAAAGGCAAGAAGGCACCUGCCGUGCCCAGACCGAGCUCAAGUGUUCUUUUGAUCUCACCGCAAAACCACAUUCUGUUGCUGCGUCGAGUUCAGACUUCGUCUUCGUUCGCUUCAGCACACGUCUUUCCGGGUGGGAACAUAUCCCCGUUCCAUGACGGCGAACCGCCCUCACCUGAAGAUCCAGCUCGUCACUGUGACAGUGAGGCGUACCGCUUAGCUGCUGUCCGUGAAACCUUUGAGGAAAGUGGCAUCUUACUGGCACGAACCAAGGAUGGCAGAUUGCUGGAGGUAGAGGAGGAUGAAAGGGAGAAAGUGAGGAAAUUGGUGCAUGGUGACAAGAUCAAGUUUGAAGAUUGGCUUGAGGAGAAGGACGCAAAGGCAGACCUUGACAAUCUCGUCCCCUUCACCCGUUGGAUCACACCCACCAACCUCCCAAAGCGCUUCACAACGCAGAUGUACAUCUACCUGCUACCUCUCAGUAAUACACCGAAGAGCCUGCCGUCAUCGUCUUCAACCGCUGCGGAGGACGAACCCGAGACCAUGAUCCCGGUUCCCACUCACGACGGCGGACUUGAACACACGGCCGCUCGCUUCCUCCCUGCCGCGACCUGGCUGCGCUUAGCCCGUGCUUCUCGCGUCGUCCUGUUCCCUCCGCAGUUCUUCCUCAUGUACCUGCUGUCUCCCUUCCUCUGCCCUUCCGGUGACGUGGGCAAGGAUGUCCCGGUUCCGGACUCGGCUACAUUACAGAAGCAAAGAGAUCAGGUGCUCGAUUUCGUCAAGGCUGGAAACUGGGGCGACAAAUGUAUCUCGCCCACUGUCCUGGGAGGCAAGAAGAGAGAGGACGGAAGAGUCGUUCUCGGUCUCGAUAAGCCUGGCGCCGAGGCCGAGGCUGAGGGCCGAACUGGAGAUCAAGAUCGAGUUGUGCUUGUCGAGUUCAAGAAGGAGGGACCCAGGAGAGUGGAGGUUGGUUGGAGGAAGGAGGUCCUGGCCGAAGGGCGCGAUAGUAAGCUGUAG